AUGGAUAAUUUGAUAGCAGAUGUGUCAGAUAUUGAAUUUAUUAUUGAAACCCAAUUGGAAAAUCAAAUUGGACUAGGAUGCUUGCCGUUCUCAAAUAUGAACAAGUCUGGUGCAGGAGAGUGCAUGAAUAAAGAGUGUCCAUUUCUACAUAUUGACCCUGCCUCUAAAGUGCAAGAUUGUCCUUGGUAUGACAGAGGAUUUUGCAGAAAUGGCCCCUUAUGUCGUAAUCGGCAUGUCAGAAGAGUGGCGUGUAAAAAUUAUAUAAAUGGAUUUUGCCCUAAAGGACGUGAGUGUAAAUAUGCCCAUCCUAUAUGGUGGCCGCUUCCUGGAAGUGAUCAGGAUGCACAGAAGAGCCGUUGGAUAUGCCACCAUUGCAACGAGCGAGGACACAAAAUCCAGUUUUGUCUUAAACUAUCACCCGAAGAACGUCAACGUUUGCAGGAGCAGCAAAGAUUGCAGAAUCUUACCACUGGAAGUGUAGCGGCGUCUCAACCUGGCGUCACUUCAGGACCUCGGUUUGCUUCUGAGCGUCUUAAAUUUGGCGGUUCGAUGGGCACCCCACAGGCAGCUACUGGUGGACCACGACAAGGCCCGCAAAAGCCUCUUGACGAAGUAACAUGUUUCAAGUGUGGUGAGAAGGGUCACUAUGCUAAUCGAUGCAAUAAAGGUUACUUGGCUUUCCUAAGCAAGGUUUCUCUACAACCGCAUGAAAUGGAAAGUGCUCGUGGCUGA